AUGGAGAUGGCUGGGGCUACUGUUGGCGGCUGGGACGUGGCUGCGUGCUCGCAGCCGCAGCUCCUGCAGGCAGAGCUGGGUGACAACCCGGCUGCCCGCGCGCUGCCUGUGGCGUCCGGGAGGUGUGCGAGUGGCGGCGCCGGUCAGGAUGCCCCAGCACCGGCUGUGACUGCGGCAGCGGCGCCCGGAAGAAGGAAGCAGCGCAGGUUGAGGCCGGUGAAAAAUGAGGAGGAAGUGGAGAGCCAGCGGAUGAUCCACAUUGCCGUGGAGCGCAACCGACGCAAGCAGAUGAACGAGUACCUCGCCGCGCUCCGCUCCCUCAUGCCGCCGGCCUACUCGCAACGGGUAACCGACGAGUUCCGAUUUCCAUCUCCCAUGCACGCCCUCCCUAGUCCUGGCAAUAAAUCAAUCUAG